CAGUAAAUUCUGCUUGUAUUCUAUUCAAAGACUUUCGUUUACAUUAUCCUUAGCAAAUGUUUUUGCAACUUUAAUGGCUAUUCUACAUAAACUAUUAAUUUGAAUGCGAUUUUAAAGUCAAAAUUUAUUCAGGCUAUUUAUCCCAACCCUCGUCAUCUGCAUUGCGCCUGUCAGCUUGUCACUUGACGUUUCUAACUUUUCCUUGCGUCAUAAAACUGGUUUGUUCUGUCUGGUUUCUUUCGUCUUCAGCUUCACCUGGUGUCAUUAAAGGAAUUUGAUGGGCAUGAUAGCACAUUUCCUGGUUUCAACUUAUUCAUGACAUUACACUCCGGUCCAGGUUAUUUGUUGUUUUGUUUUUUUAGCAGUCUCUGGCAACCCUUAUGUAAUUUUUUUUUAUUAUCCUGAUUUGCUAUAUAACUAGAGUACACUGUAGUUGUGUGAACGUAACGUGGUCAGUCAUGUUAUGAAUUAAUUCCAACUGUAGCUAUAUACAAAAAAAAUGGAUAUGCAAUGUCAAUUCAGAGAUCUGAAAAAGAAGUGGUGUAAAGAUGUCCUCCAGGGACUCGAAUUCUAAAUCUGACGCAUUUCCUGUUCGUCGGCCUGCUAGGAUUGUUGCCCCUACUCAGACUACAAUUCCAUACAAUCCUGGAUUGCCACUUAAAGGAGGAGGCAUGUGCAAAACUGACCCUAUAGAAGUCUUCCAAGUAAAAAGUGCUCUCACCUCCAAAAAACAUCACCCAACAGACAUUCAAUUAUUUACUCCAGAAUUAGUUAAAAAGUGCACUGAGGAGAAGAACAGCGAAGAAUACAGGUUUCUCUGCCCUCAUGCUGGUCAGUUUAAGUGCAAGUUAACCAACCUUGUGUUUGAGAUGGAAGCUAAAAGUGUAGUGAAAUACAGAAUAGUGUCCUGGGACAAACAUCUGUUGGAUGUAGUAAGCCAAAUGGAUCCAGCAGGACCUCUGUAUGAUAUUGACUGCCUUGAAGGUUCAAUCCGUCACCUGAGCCUUCCACACUGUGAGACUCAUAAAAAACUGGCCGUGGCACACGUAACUGAUGGUAACAUGGAAAUCAUUCAGCCACUGAAUGUAACAAACACACAUGUGAUCAUAAACAUUCCAAGUUUCUCCCUCUUUGGUCUCAUAAAAUCACUGGUAUUUAAAACGUAUCCCAUCUUAGCUCAAGUUCUACUAUUCCAUGAUAAAAUGGUGAAUAAACUACACAUCCAUCUGAUGCCAGAGAACGUCCCAGUUGAAGAGGUUCAGAAAAGACACGAGAGCAACACAUAUAUUACAACAACCUCCAAAUGUCAGCUGAAACCUGGUGAAAUCUACAGACCUUGCUGUAAAACUCCUGACUCCUGUAAUAACAUUGAAUGCCAACCAGAGGAAGAGACGUUUGAACUUGAUUACGGCCCCAACUUUCAUCCUACAUUUGAGAUACUCUUUGAUACUGAGAUUAAUAAAGUGACAUUGAGCCUUUUGGAUGUAGAGGCAAAGGAGGUGUGGAAACCUCGUGCAGUCAAACUUAGAAGUACAGAGAGAGCCUCAGCCAGAAUAGACACAACAGAUGUGGAGAGUUUUGUGGAUAAACACAGAGAGCAGCUCAUUCAGAGAGUUUCUUCAGUAAUGGAGAUAGCAGACGGUCUAAAAAGCCGGAACAUGAUAAGUGAUGAGAUGUACAAUAACAUCCGUGUAGAACCAUCAUCCUAUAAGCAAAUGAGACUCCUUUAUAAUGCGCUCCACUCAGGAGGAAGAGCUGUGAAAGCUGAAUUCUACAAAAUCCUCAAAGAGAAACAUCCUCACUUAGUGGUUGAUCUGGAGUCUGGAUCAAGCCGGGUUUAGUGGACCAUGCACAUCUUCAUAAAGACCGCAUUGGUUUAGACAGAAUUUUACACUUUGUCUAGUCUUUGGCGCAUUAUUGGAUUUUGUGUUGGUGGUUUGAGGAGUUUCCUGUUUUUAAGAUUUUGUUCCACAAAGUGUGAAAUGUUGAUGUUUUUAACACUUAUUCAUUGUCUUCCUUUAUUUAAAUAUAUAAAUAUGUAACACUGACAAUGACAACUGCUUUGUCUUUAUUAUACGGUAAAUUGAAUAUUCUGAUUCAUUAAAUAUAAGAUACGGCUUGUGAAAUAUUGCGAGCUUAUGGCUGUGUGUGUGUAAAACGCCAUUUUUGUUGAUUUAGGAAAUGUUUCACAAAUCAUCUUUAAAUCAUGAUUUUGAUCAGAAACAGUUUGUGUUAAAUAUUCACAAUUCUUUCACAAUAAAACAUCAGGUAUACUGUGAGUAUCAACGGAUCGAGUUUCCUCAGGUGUUUAGGAAACUACAUAUCACUGUAUAGACCUGAGCGCCUGAAAUGCCCAUCCAGUUCUUCGAGAAGGUGUUUGGCUUGGAGAAGUGUUUGGCUCUACAAGAUGCAGCUUUGCUUUGCAUGUUGUUUAAUGACUGAUAGAUUUCUCUCAUCUUCCUAAUCCUGGUACUCGCUGCAGUGAUUUCUUCAUGUGCUUCUCUGCUAAUAUGCUUUCACAUUCAUCCCAAAGGUCUUCAGGAGGGUUGGAGCUCUAUUGCAGGAUAUCCUCCACUCCAACCCAUGUUAAGAAGCAUAUCCAUGGAGCUUUGUGCACUUUAUGCUGGAACAGGUUUGGGUCUCCAAGUUAGUAGUCUCCUAGGAAAUAUUGAAUGCUACCUUAUCCAAAGACGUCCAAUACAACUGUUUCCCACACACACACACACACAUCACCGCACCACAAUGAAGUUCGCCUCGUGCUUGUUUGCGCACCAGUUUCAUGCUCAUUAGAACAUGAACGCAUACGGUACACUCACUGUCCUUUCAUUUUGUCGUCUGAUGGGUUUUGUUGUUGCUCUAUGAUUUUUACUUUAUUUUACGUUCAGGUUAUGGUUUUUGGUACUUUGAGCAUUGUUAAGUGUUUGGUUUUAAUCUGUUGGUUUCAUGUGUUUUCCCACCUUUCAUCCGCUCUCCUCGUUAGUACAUUAAACAACAAAAAAUCAUGUCCCUCAUUGAUAACGCCGCCUCCAACCCAUUUCUUUGGCCAACUGGUUUGUGCUGAUAAAAAAUUCAGGAAACAAAUCUAUAUACAUGUUGUUUUUGUAGAAUUUCUCUUGUCUGUGGAAUGAAAAAAAAGUAAAUUAGCUGCAGUUCAAAAAAUAUAUGUAAAAAAGAAAACGAAUGGAGUUCGACUUACUGAUUACACAGUCUGU